AUGUUCAUGGGUCUGAGGGACAGCCCGCACCCCGAGGUUGACCCCGUUUGCCCCGUGAGACUUCAGAUGGGUAUGGGCGGCCCCAAGGGCCCCAAGGGGGAAAAGGAUGGGGCAGGGGAGGCAGACCGGGGCAAUUCCAAGGGCCUACAUUGGAACUCCGUACCGAUGAACAUUGAUCAUGAGACCGAUGCUGGCAGAAACGUAGUGUGGGAUCCCGCUUCUUGUCGUACAUGCCUACCACUAGAAGAGGCAGAGCCAAGUCCUAUUCACGCCAACCGAGAACCCGCAGACAUUUUCAUACAGCUUGGGGCGAUGUUGCCAACCGCCCUGGGGUGGUCUUGGAGUCUUGGUAGUCUCUUGUCCUACCAGCUUGGCGUGCAGACCAUUCCCAUCAUCAUAAUUGUGGAUCAAAAUCCACGACCGUCCUUAUGUCGCUCCAUUGUCAUGGAGCUUCCCCUGGUGACGGAUUACGUGAUAGGGCUGCAGGUUGUGGCGGGGAUUCACUGCACUGAGCGUGUAGGCAGAGAGCCUAACAGGCGCAGUCUGGCCCUGAUCAUGGAUCCAGUCACUGCAAUUGGGCUAGCAUCGGCGAUACUCACCUUCGUUGAGUUCUCCUGGAGCCUUGUGCGAGGAGCUGGUGAUGUCUACAGGUCACCAACCGGUGCUAGCCAAGAGAACACAUCGAUUGGCACCAUCAUUGCUGACCUGGAGGACGUCGCAGACAACAUCAACACCGACAUACAGGGGCGAGGAAAGCACGAGAACGCCCUCACAGCUCUGGCCAAGGGAUGCGAGGAUCUAUCAAAGGAGUUGCUUCAGGUCCUAGAGAAGCUAAAGAAGAGAAGCGACUCCAAACGGGAGGCAUUGAAGGCGACCCUAAGAAGCAUGAGGAAGGAGAAGGAAGUUGCUUCCAUCGAGAAAAGACUUGGUGAAUAUCGCGCUGAAAUUGUGUUGCGUCUGAAUUUAGUGCUUUGCAACCAGCAAUCUGCUAUCAAAGAACAACUAGAUGGGAUACAAUACGACAGCAGAAAUUUCGCCAGUGAAACAAUUAGGGCGAUAGGAGAUCUGCGAUCAAUGGUAUCUGAUACCAUGGAUCAGCUCAAAUACGAGCACGGGAACCCAUUGGUGGAUCCAAUGCUGUGGGAGGCGAAGAUUGUCCAGUUGGGACAGGUCCUGCGCGAGUCUCUGCUGGCACUCAAUACCAAACUACUAGCACUGCCCAAGGAGACGAUAGUCCUCCGCAGGCUUUUCUUCGACACCAUGUUCCGACGAGAAGACGACAUCUCUGGCCCAGGAUACGGGACUUUCGAGUGGGUCCUCGAAGAUAUUAGACUUGUGAAAGGAAGUCACAUUCAACGGCUCAGUUCCAGCUAUAGAAGCAAGCGCGAUGAGCACCGUUUUGUGGUCGGGAAAUCUAGCAGUGCAUUCAAAUACUAUGGAAAUACAGAUGGCUGGGAUUCAAACAGCGAGUUCGACAUGUUCGAUACCAACGGGACCAAUAGUUCCCGAAAAGGAGAGAGUGAAGUCGGCUCCGACAGCAGGGUGAGCAAUGACGGAGGUUCGAGCGACGAGCAACAUCAAGUCAAUAAGGAUGAUCAAAACAACAAAGACGACGAAAACACGAUUGUCUUCGGGCAGACAGAUGGACAACAGUUCGUAAAGUUUGUCGCAUCCGAAUCCGGCACAAAUUCCGACCAUAGCAGCGGAGAUGAGUGGAGAUAUAGCGAUCCCGAAGUUAAAAGGGAAAAAGAUGACAGCGUUGGAACCCGAGAAAGCUAUUCUUCAGAUGAAGGUAGCUACUGUUCGUCAGACUCGGAGACGCAUGGGGAAGAAGUGUCCAGCACCAGGAACAGAGGAAAACUGGAUACUACCACGGAAUCCACGAAGGAUACGCCACCAUUUGAAGUCCACGGAAAUGAAUCACCGUCAGCGCAGAGCCUCUCGAGUGGUUGGGCACCUCCACCUCAUUCCGAGCAUAUCGCUUCUGGAUCCACGAAGGAUACCCCGACGAUCAGACUGCACGGUGUUUAUUACAGGAGCGGCCCGUCCAUCUCGAAGAUCCACGGCAGUGAACCAUUGUCAUGGUACAGUGGUUGGGCACCCCAUCUCGAACAUAUCAUGUCAGUCUCCGAGCGUGCGAAAAGACGACAAAUAUCCACGGCAUUUGCAUCAUUCCUGAGGAAGUCCCAAGGAGUUUUCUUUUGUUGCGGCAAGGCAGGUUCAGGGAAGUCGACCUUCAUGAAGUACAUUUCUAGUCACCAAGAGAUUCGCAGACAGCUGGAAAGCUGGUCAGGAGACAAAAGGCUGGUCAUAAUCAGUGUAUUCUUCUGGAACUCGGGUGAUGAACUUCAGAUGUCCAUGGAAGGCUUCUAUCGAUCUCUUUUGUUCCAAGUGGUGCAACAAUGUCCAGAAGUACUACCAGCAAUCUUUCCAGAUCAUAGUUUGCAAACGGAUGACAUUCAUGAGGGCAUUCGUGGACGAUCACUUCCCUUCCGCUUCUCUGAGCUCCAGGAUGCUAUCCGGAGGCUUCUAGAGACGUCUGAAAUUCCAAGCCACAGACUUUGCUUCUUCAUCGACGGACUGGACGAGUACAAAGGAGACAGAAAGGAACACUUUUCACUGGCUCAAUUGCUCAAAAACUGGGCAACGAAGGAUGUCAAGAUUAUAUGUUCUGCAAGACCGUAUAUCGAGUUCCUGGACACCUUCACUGACUCAGGCCGAACAAUACAGCUGCACGAGUGGACCAAGGACGACAUAUAUCGUUAUGUCUUGUCGGAGUUACACACAGGUCUCGGCUCUGACAAGAUGCCAUCAGAAGCCAUCACGAGACUUGUUGAACUUGUCUCUCGGAAAGCAGACGGCGUUUUCAUAUGGGCUCGACUUGUGGUGCAAUCUCUCUUGGAAGGCAUCGCUCACCGUGACUCAGUAAGAGCGUUGCACGGCAGGGUAGAUCAAGCUCCCAGAGAUCUUAACUCUCUGUACGAAAGAAGUCUUAGCAGCAUCGACUCAACAAUCCGCGAACGCGCGGAUGAUGCUCUCUCUCUUGUUGCUCGAAGCCCAUUUGGCACACUCAACGCUUUGGCCUUCAGUUGGCUGGAUGACCUGGAGGAUGAAGACUUUCCGUUGAAUCGUCCAUUCCAGAUAUACACCAGAGAAGAGGCGGAAGACCGCGAGGAAACUGCAAAACGGCAAGUUGCCCUUUUGACAAAGGGCCUCGUGGAGAUGCGUCGUGUCAAAUAUCCUGAGAACACUAUCAGACUAUCGCCUGAGCCACUGUUCAGGUACAAGCUCGACUACUAUCACCUGACUGCUCAUGAAUUUUUGAUGAAUAGAGUGGCAUCUGACCAUGAAAGUAUCUCUGAGACGCUCAGAGAUCGAUACGCGCGGCUGACUUUGGCGGAGAUCAAGUUUUCUGGAUUUCUGAGGAGUCGUUCAUCCCAGUUUCGGACAAUUUAUGCAGCGGGCCAGCACAAGUUCCACGACGUUCCGGACAAGUAUUUAGACGAACUCAGAGCGUGCUAUCCGACUCGAGGCACAUCUCAGAAUGAUUCACGGUGGGACACUCAUGUUGGAUUCUAUGAUGCACAAUCACAAGGAAGUUUUCAGAUCGGUCUUUGGGGGCGGGGAACCCCUUGGCGACCGGGCAACUCGAUAUGCCAUUUAGUCUGGAAAGGCUCAGAUCCAAAUUUGAUCAUUUGCUACGCAUUGUCGCUCCACCAAGCCGGCUACGUUUUGAGGAGACUGCAAAAUGGCGUUGCUGACAAGCUCACUGAGGAAGAGCUAGCCGUUUGGCUUUUCGCAACCUGGACAAUUUUCCCGGACCCCGCCAUAACAGAAUAUGUCUUGUCUCAUCGUGGGCUGCCAGAGCGACCCGUUGAGAUUAGGAACUUUUUCGAAGGGAAGAAUACGGACAUAUCUUGCUGGUUCGGGUUCCUCAUGUCCUUCUCGCGCACCGUACUGACUCAGACAACCGUACAUGGGAUCAGACUGGGAAUGGCAGAGAAGAUUCAAUCGUCGAAUGGGUCCCGCGCUUGGGAAGAAUAUUGCGAGGGAACAGAGUGGCGCAUGUGGAUAGAGAUGCAAUGCCGCAAUUUGGAGCAUCUUUUGAAGCAUGGCGUGGACAAAGAUGUGAUUUUCCUCCUCGGGGGCAUGCCUGUCGAUCAGGCUUUGCAACCAGAUGAGCAAAGACACUCAUGGGAUGUUUGGGCGCAUCAAUGGGAUGAGUGGAUGCUGGACCAAGGGACCAUAUUCUAUGUGGACCUUUUGACCAUGCUUGACUUGAUUCAACCACCACCCGCGAACUUGAACACGCUCCAAGGGCUUCUCAGGGCGUCUCCCGCAAGCUGUCUGCAAAGCACGUGCAGCAGCUUUGUAAGCCGUAUGCGGGGUUAUUUCUGCGAAAGGCCUCGUCACUCACUGCGCAGGGACACUUACAAGGCUCUGAAAGCGGAGGACUUGAAGAGAGGACAAUUAAGAAUCUACGCUAUCGAAUCGAAGAAUGAGGUGCUCAGUGGCCCAAUGACAAUACUCGUUUACUAG